GACGCAUCGUUAAUUAAGCAGCGGAGUGAGGUUACAAAGCACAUCAGUAGCAGAAUUAAUGAGGUACAGAAAACGUUGAAUAAAAAAUUCGAUAAGAUUACCGCUAACAUUGAUAUUUUUAGGAAACAGAAAGCUACGCACUUAAAAAAUAUAGAGGAUGCUGUGAAAGCAGCCGAUAAGCUGGCGGAGGAUUUGCUUGCUACAACAGACAGAGGUUUUGAGAAGAAGUACAAAGAUGUAAUCGCUCAUCUGUUUACUGAAAUUAAAGAUAAGGUCGAGGACUUCACUGGAAGCGACUCCGGUAAAAGUACAGAACUUCUGACUAAUUUCAACACUGUUAAAGUCGAGGUCGGUAAACUGGAAGGAAAGGUACGACACGGGUUGGAGGAGUUGAAGAGAAAUAUCGAAAAACUUGCAGAUGAUGUUUACGAUAAUGAAAGCAACAUUCUUGUUAGAGAUGCGUUACGUGCACUUCAGCAGGCUAAACGUAAACUCGUUGAGGCACACGGCAAAGCAUCAGCGCCUUCCAAUAGUUUGUUGAAUAAGUACAGCGGUGCGGCUGGACGGUUUCACGAGCAAUUCGAAAUUUUGAUUAAGGGUGUUGAGGCACUUAACACGUCUGCUGUUACUAGUGAAAUGAACACAUUGGCAUCUGCGGUUGGGGUGCAAUUAGAACGUCUGAAGGAUAUUCAUACAACCGUUAAGGGAGAAGUGGACGAGAAGUUUGGCAAUCUGAAGAAUACAUUAAGUAGUCAGAUUCAGGCACUUAAGGACGCCAUAAAGUCGCAGUUGCAGGAGUAUGUUAAAAAGUUUGGGGAAGGUGGCGAUAAUAAUAGUUGGCAAAACAGUGAUUUGAAUAAGUGUCUUACUGAAGCCAGAAAAUUCCUUGGAAAAAGCGCGGUCGUUGAUUUAAUAGAUGCUAUAAAAACAAAUGGGCAAAAGAUUGCUGAAUAUUUGAUUGCCCAGAUUAAAGAUGGUGACAUUGAAUCUCUCGCGGACAACGCAGCCAAAGAAGGUACAAAGCGUUAUCAAGAUGCGCUUGGUAUGAAGAUCAAUGGCGAAUCGGGAACUGGAGACCUAACUGGCGGUAUCAAGGGUGAGAUACAGAAGGAAAUGGACAAACUCAAACAUCCAAAUAAAAAUGGGCAAGGAUUCCAAAAGGCAUUCAGCAAUUUCGAAAAAGCUCUUGAAGCUGUUCGUCAAUCAUCGAAACCUGUCAAAAUCGCAGAGACAGAUGUACAAAACCAAGUGUACGCAUUGAUUGCUGCUGUAGAGAGUCUCGGCAACUCCAUCAACGACUUCGAUGAAGCAGCUAAUGAGCGUAUUAAGGAUGUGGCCGAAAAGGCUAUUGUGGAAGCAGCCAACACUAUCGGCGCAAGUAAUGGUGAUAUUGAUGUGAAAACAUUGAUGACACAAUUUGAUUCAGCUAAAAGUGCAAUGGACCAGGCCGUUCAGCAAAUUCAAAAGGAGCUGACGGAACUUCAGACCCUUCCAAAUACUGUAGAUAAAAAUCGUGAAAAUACCAAUCUUAUUAUGGCUGAAGUGAAAUCUAGAAUAGAGGAGAUAAAAAAAGAAAUCACCGCCAUCAACCAACCCAUCGAAGCCGCUCAAUCAGCCCUCGAAUCAGCCAUUGGGUCAAUCGAAAAUGUAUUGAAAGACACUCGACAAACUGCGAUGUUCGAAUUUGCGGCUCUCCAAGGUAAUCUGCGGAGUCGGGUAAAUGAAUGUUUCGAUGAAAUCGAAGAGUAUAUCCAAAAGAUGUUCGCAAAGGAAAAAAACGUCGAAUUCCUGUCUCUGAAAAAUUCCAUUGUUGAAGAAAUUCCAAUAAUUAGGAAUACAAUUAACGAAGAUACCAAGGCAGGCCUCAAGGGACUGAUGAACAAGCUAAGCGAUGUUAUCGCCGUACUUAAAGGCGCUGAUACCAAUCUAAGCACAUAUUCAAACUGGGUUAAAAGUUUCUAUGAAAAGUUCCUGACGUCCCUCCAAUCCCAGCCCGACCUCUCCGACCACUCCCCUCGUCUCACCCCCCUCACCGGCGCCCUCUCCGCCCUGCUGUCCACAAUGCACGACCACAAACACUUCUCUGCCGCCGUCUCCCGCAAGCUCGCCGACCUCCAAACACAGCUCGUCACCCUCACCCCCUCUGCAUUCUCCCAGGCCUCCCCGCUGCUCAACGUCGUCAAGGCCGGCGUCCAGGCGUUCCACGGGGAGCUCGCGAAGCAGUACGUCAGCAGGUACUCGGGGGAGAGGUUCACUGAUGAGGUGGUUAAAGAUAAGCCUUUAUCUAAUCCUAAAACAGUUAUACCUCCCGCAAAAGCUGUUGACAACACCGAAAUAACCGAGUACAGAAGGAAGUGCGCGAAGGUGUUUUUGACGCUGCUGGAUAUACUGAGUCAUGGUUUCUAUAAGAUGGCAACAGAAUGUCCUAAAUUGUGGAAAGGCAAGCAAAUUAAUACGUAUGAAGAGAAUGCAUUUGGCAAAUGGCUAGAGGAGCAAGGCUACGAAUUGAACUCCGAGGGCGGUAAACAGCAUGGUGAGCUGCAGGACAAGAGAGAGAUGAAAGGUCAAGAGAUUUAUGAGAAGCUGCUUACCAAAAAAUUAGAGAACCUACCACAAGUAGAUUUUGCAAAAUGGAAAACGGAAAUGAUUAGGCAAAACAAAGGUAGCAACCGUAAUAUUAGAGAAAUCAACGU